AUGGCGAUGGGGUGUCGGACCGCCGGCGCUCCGCGCUUGCGCGGGGAGGCGGGCGAGCGAGCGCUGCCGUGCGCCUUGUGCUGGAGGAGGGCUGUGUGGCUGCUGUACUUGGGCCGCCUGCUGACGGGCCUGGGCGUGGGCGCCAACAUCGUCAUAGUGUCGCUGUACUGCGAGGAGAUCGCGGAAGUGCGCGUGCGGGGCGUCAUCGGCUCGUACCUCGACAUGUCCACCAGCAGCGGCCUGCUGCUCAUGUACGUGCUGGGCGCGUUCGUGCCGUACUUCUGGUUCACCGCGGCGUGCGUGGCGCCGGCCGCCGCCACCCUGCUGCUCUUCUGGUGCAUGCCCGAGUCGCCGGCGUUCCUGGUGGGGCGCGGCCGCCGAGACGCCGCCCGCCGCGCCCUGCGCUGGCUGCGCGGCCCCGCCGUCGACGUCCAGCCGGAGCUGGACGCGCUCUGCCUCGCCGCCAAGGCGCCAGACUCGCCCGCGGACGCGCGCUCCCCUGCCGGCCCGCUCCUCGCGUGCUGCCCAGGGUCGAAGCUGGACCGCGCCACCGCCAAGGCGCUCGUCAUUGUGUUCGGGCUUAUGUUCUUCUCGCAGGCCACCGGGGGCACGGCCUUUGUCUACUACACGGAAGACGUGUUUCGCGCCGUCAAUUCCGGUCUGCCCGGAGACAUUUGUAUGGUCAUCGUCGGCGCCGUGUCCAUUGUGGGCACGUUCCUUUCUAUUAUGCUCGUUGAUCGGGUGGGGCGACGCUUCAUUCUUAUACUUUCCAGUAUUUGCUUAAGUGUGUCGCUGCUCGGGUUUUCGGUCUACGCGCAUUUUGAUGGUAAAGGUGUUGAUCUGACCUCGUGGAACUGGACUCCUUUAGUGUGCUUGGUGGUCGUCAUGUUCAAUAUUUCGUUUGGAUACGGACCUAUUAAGUACUUCAUGAUGGCGGAAUUAAUGCCCACCGAGGCUAAGGGAUGGGGUAGUUCUGUGUGCGUGUGUUUUUCCCGAAUAUUCUCAUUUACUAUUGCCAAAGAAUUUCCUAUUAUGACUACCUCCUUGGGUCAAGAUGUUACGUAUGCAAUUUUUUGUGUUUUCUCUUUCCUGGGUACUCUUUUCAUUGUUUUUUUCGUUCCUGAAACUAAAGGGAAAACUCGAGAACAAAUACAACAAGAACUUACGAACAAAAAGCCAAAUCAAGAGCGAUUGGAUAAGCAGGAUAAA